AUGGCUCGCCCGGGCAUGCUCGGAUUGAGCGCCGUGCGCUUGCACGACGGUGCUGCCAGAUCCCUUGAGACUCUGCGCUCUUCCCGCCCUGCGGUUUCCAAGCCGCAAGGUCUUAGCUUUUCCAGCUCGGCUGCUGCGGUCGUGUCUGCGGUCACCGCCUUUUCUGCUGCCCGGGGCACAGCCCUCCGCAGUGGACUGCGGGCGCGGCACGUCGCCAUGAAGGGGCAGACCAUUGAGGCGAAUGCCUACUUGAAGGCAAAGGUCGAGGAGAUGGUGGCCCUUCAGCCUGUGAUGGUCUUCUCCAAGUCCUGGUGUCCCUUUUGCAAGAAGGCCAAGGAUGCCAUGAAACAGCAGGGCAUCCGCUUUGGUGUUUGUGAGCUGGACAACCUUGGUGAAGAAGUCGAGGCAGAGAUCCAAGAUAUCUUGGCCGGGAUCACUGGAGCACGGACCGUGCCGCGUGUCUUUGUGGGCGGCAAGUGCAUCGGAGGAGGCACAGAUACCGAGAAGCUCGCCGAAGACGGCUCCCUGAAGAAAAUGGUAGGUGAAGCGAUGGAGGCCUACAAGAGCAAGGUGACCGGGGCAAACUCUUUCCAACUCGAGAAGAGUGAUGAGGAAUGGAUGUCCUCCUUGGAUGCGCAGAAGUUCCGCAUCCUGCGCCGGCGAGGCACUGAACCUCCUGGUUCACACGAGUACGACAAGUUCUUGCCAAAGGCCGGCCACUUCUCCUGCGCCGGAUGUGGGCUUCCGCUGUACUCUGCAUCCUCGAAAUUUGCAUCAAACUGCGGGUGGCCCGUUUUUGACAAGUGCUACGCCUCCGAGGACAUGGGCCAGCAUGUGAUGGGCCAGCCAGAUGGGACUGGCGCCUUGGAGAUCGUGUGCACGCGCUGCGGCUCCCACCUGGGGCACGUCUUCUACGACAGCGUCACGGAG